AUCUCUCCAACCACCACCACCGCUGUCUCACGUGUCUUAUGCUCGCUUCGUAUUAAAACACAAGGCUCUCCUUCCCAACUUCCAUCUCUCCCAUUCCCAUUUCCCUCUUUCUCUCUUAGCUUCAUAUGCAAGGAAUCAUGACCGGAAAAGAUAUCCUCCACAAGAUGAAGGCCAAAGCUGGUUUUGGUUCAUCAUCAGCUGAUACAGGGAAAGGCAAGAGCAAAUUGUCAAAGCACAUUACACAUGGUUACCACUUGGUGAAGGGAAAAUCAAAUCAUGGCAUGGAAGAUUAUGUUGUUGCGCAGUUCAAGAAAGUAAAUGACAACGAAUUGGGUUUAUUUGCCAUAUUUGAUGGCCAUUCAGGUCAUGAUGUUGCAGACUAUCUGCAGUCCCAUCUUUUUGAUAAUAUUCUGAAAGAGCCUGACUUCUGGACAGAACCAGAGUGUGCGAUCACGAGGGCAUACUUUGUAACCGAUACAACAAUUCUAGAGAAUGCAGUUGAUUUGGGAAGAGGAGGUUCAACUGCAGUCACGGUAAUAUUGAUCAAUGGUCAGAAGCUGUUAGUAGCAAAUGUUGGAGAUUCUCGAGCUGUUAUAUGCAAGAACGGUGAGGCCAUACAGCUAUCAGUUGAUCAUGAACCAAGCAAGGAGAAGAAGAGCAUUGAAAAAAGGGGUGGUUUUGUAUCCAACCUUCCAGGGGAUGUGCCACGAGUUGAUGGACAGUUGGCGGUGGCAAGAGCAUUUGGUGAUAAAAGCUUGAAGCGACACCUCAGCUCUGAACCUCAUGUGGCAACGCAGAUGGUCGAUGAUGAUACAGAGUUUGCCAUAUUGGCAAGUGAUGGAUUAUGGAAGGUGAUGUCGAAUCAAGAAGCGGUGGACUCCAUCAAACACAUAAAGGAUGCUCUGCCAGCAGCCAAGCACCUGACGGAGGAGGCUCUUAAUAGGAGAAGCACAGAUGACAUUUCCUGCAUAGUUGUGAGAUUCCACUGAUCCAUUUUUUUGGAUGUGUUUUCUUC